AUGCCUUCUAAAUACCAAUCUGACUUCUUGCAAUUAGCCUUGGACUCUCAGGCUUUGAAAUUCGGGAAAUUUACCCUCAAGUCUAAACGUGAAUCACCAUAUUUUUUCAACUUGGGUUUGUUCAGCACUGGUAGAUUGUUAUCCAACUUAGCAACGGCAUAUGCCGAAGCUAUCAUCGAGAGUAAAUUAAAAUUUGAUAUCUUGUUUGGCCCUGCUUACAAGGGUAUACCGUUGGCGGCUAUUACAGUAGCAAAAUUAGCGGAGUUGGAUCCGGAAAACUACGGUGAUAUAGGAUAUUCAUUCAAUAGGAAAGAGAAGAAAGAUCACGGUGAGGGGGGUUCAAUUGUUGGAUGCCCAUUGGCCAACAAGAAAAUUUUGAUUAUUGAUGAUGUCAUCACUGCUGGUACUGCUAUUAAUGAAGCUUUUGAAAUUAUUGCCCAAGAAAAAGGUCAAUGUGUAGGCUGCAUUAUUGCUUUGGAUAGACAAGAAACAACAGUAACUGAUACCAAAAAAUCAGCCACCCAAGCCGUUACUGAGAGAUACGGUAUUCCAGUUUUGUCAAUUGUAAGUUUGACUGAGGUCAUUACUAUAUUAAAGGGCAAAAUAAGCGAUACCGAUUUGAAAUCUAUUGAGGAGUACAGAAGUAAAUAUGGCGCCUAA